AAUAGAUAAUAUCAAUGCUUAGAUCAUUUUCAAAAUAUAAAUAUUUAAAUUAACUUUUUUAAAUUGUAUGUUGCUAAUUACAACAGUUUUGGUCAAAAAUAAAUAGCUGAUAACAUUUUAAAUAUAUCACGAUGCAGAAUCAUAAAAUUCCGUAAAAACUAAUAACUGGAAAUACUAAGGAUAUCUGAUAAAAUGGUGAGAAACUACGUAAAAUCAAAACAAAAACUUUUCAAAACCUACACAGAUUAUGAACUUAAAAAAGCAGUAGAACUUGUUAAUGAUGGAGAACCUUGUAAACGUGUGGCAAGGCUAUUGAACAUACCACACAGAACUCUAAGAUGUCAUGUUAGUGGUUUAAGAAAAUCUAGUGUGGUUGGUCGAAGGAGUGCAUUGUUACCAGAAGAGGAAGUAACAAUUGCUCAAUACAUUGCAACUUUUAGUGAUUUUGGCUAUGCAUUCGAAAUAGUAGACCUAAAGCUGUUUAUACAAAGUUUUCUUCAAAAAUCUGAUAGGGAUUGCCCAUAUUUUAAAGAAAAUUUGCCUGGUAAUGAUUGGGUGAGAUCAUUUUUAAAACGACAUAAAAAAUUGCUAUCUUAUCGAGCAUGUCAAAAUAUUUGUAGAAAACGUGCUGCAGUUUCAUGUGAUUCUGUAAAUAGAUUUUUUAGUAAUUUAGAAGAAACUAUAAAAAAUAUUUUGCCUCAAAAUAUAAUAAACUAUGAUGAAACAAAUCUUUCUGAUGACCCAAAAUCAAAACAAGUGAUAUUCCGAAAGGGUACUAAACAUGCUGAACGAGUUAUGAAUACAUCAAAGUCAUCAGUGUCGAUUAUGUUUGCAUGUUCUGCUGAUGGUGUAUUUCUUCCUCCAUAUACAGUGUAUAAAGCUGAGCGUCUAAUGGACACAUGGAUACUUGGAGGUCCAAUGGGUGCACGAUAUAACCGAACAAAGUCUGGUUGGUUUGAUAGUCACUGUUUUAUAGAUUGGAUGAAAACAUUAGUAAUACCUUACUUCAGACAUGUUGACAAUGACGCACCAAAAAUUCUCAUUAAUGAUAAUUUAGCAUGCCAUUUGUCUAUUGAGGUUAUAGAAAUUUGUGAGGCUAAUAAUAUUAUGAUGGUCUUUUUACCUCCAAACAGUACACAUUUGCUACAACCUCUAGAUCUUGCAGUUUAUGGACCCAUGAAAUCAACAUGA